CCUCGUCUGUUUUCCACCUCUGCUCGCGUCGAGCCCCCCUCCGCAACUCCGAACAAAUAGGAAGCAGCGUGCUAUGGGAGACAAGAAGAGCCCCACAAGGCCGAAGCGGCAGUCCAAGCCCCCUGACGAUGGGUACUGGGACUGUAGCGUGUGCACGUUCAGGAACAGCGCCGAGGCGUUCAAGUGCCUGAUGUGUGAUAUCAGGAAGGGCACGUCGACCCGAAAACCACGGCCUGUUGCACAGCUGGUUGCACAGCAAGUAAACCAGCAGUUUGCGCCUCCCACACAACCCAAAAAAGAGAGGAAAGAAAAGUUGGAAAAAGACAAGAGUGAUAAAGAACCAAUGCUAAAGAAGAACAGCCAUAAAAAGAUGAGGCCCCGGUUAAAAAACGUGGACAGGAGCAGCGCCCAACACCUAGAGGUCACCGUUGGAGACUUGACCGUCAUAAUCACAGACUUUAAAGAGAAAGCCAAGCCCACAUCCACCUCAACCACCGCCGCCUCAGCAGACCUGCACACUCAGAGUGGCUCCAGCUCGGACAACACCGAACGCGGGGUCUCCAGGUCGUCUUCGCCCCGCGGCGAAGGUUCAUCCAUCAACGGAGAGACUCACUAAACCUCUGCAUGGCGCAACCGUAGCAACCUCCCCCCCGCCCCCUUCCCCCCCAACACCUUCCGACUCCUCCAAGUGGUUAAUUUCAACCUGCACCUGUUUGUUGUAAGACGUACACCGAUCUAGCGUUACCCCUGAGACCUGCUUUAGGGGUGUGAAGGGGCCGGAUUACUCACUGCCUUCCUGCGUUGAGCACGGAUUCAGGUGUCGGGAUUGUUGAAAGAACGCUCCAACAGGAAGAAGAUUGGUCAAAAUAAAGUGAACUGAAAAAGUCACAGUAGCAAUGACUCCUGGAUGUAAAGGGGAACCAUGACGCAUGUUGUGGUGGCGCAUGUCGCAACACUUUAGCAUCACACUCAGUUUUUGGUUUUGGUUCCCCCCCAAUAUUAACUAUAGAGUAUUCAGAGUGUUUGCUACAGAGAAUGAGUAAGUACUUAUUCAUCGUGGAAGGAAAAAUGUGAAGCUGUCAUCUCAGAUUUGUAGAGUACCUUUGAAUUUUGAUAUCAGAUUAUUUGCACUUGUUGGCCUCUGACGUUGUUUUACUUUUCUUUUUUGAACAUGUUUCUAAGUAUUAUUUGAAUUUUUGCCAAACUUACUGAACAAUAUCACUGUUACUGGCUAUGCUCUUCAGUCUUUGUUUAUGCCGUCGGACAUCUUAAUUAUUGUGUCACCGUCUAACAUUUAAGCAAAGGUACUGAAUUAUUCUGUCUUGUUCAUUUUGUUGAGUCAAGCCUGAUCAGUUGUAGUUUAUACUGCAGCAUACCGAGAUCUUCUUUUUUUUUUUAUAAACAGACUGAGAUACAAUUGGAGAAUCACUAAACGUGUAAUGGAAAUACAUAUAAGCAAAGCUUCGCCAAAGGCGAUGGGCAUGUGUGGUAGCUUUUUUUUUUUUUGGUCUGGAUUCCAUUGGGUCCCUGUUUGUGGUUCCUACUGUACUGAAGUCUAAGACUGCU